AUGGCUCGACUUUAUCCUCAACCAUCUUCUUCUUCAUCUUCCUCUUCCUCUUCCUGCUACAUUACCUCUAGAAGGGAAUCAUUUACUUUAUGGAUGAAAUCCCUUGUAUUCCAUGGCAACGGAUGCACGGUUUUUGAUUCCGACGGUAAACUCGUCUACCGCAUCGAUAACUAUGGCCAAAAAUAUAGCCGGGAAGUUGAUCUCAUGGACGUUGGGGGCAACGUACUCUUUUCUAUACGACAAAAGAAAAUGCCAGUUUUUGGACAUUGGGAUGGCUAUAGACGGAGUGAUGCUGAAGUAAACAAGAGGACACCAAGCUUUCAAGUCAGAAAAAUUCGGAAUGUUCUCAAAGGAGGCAUGCGUACCUAUGUUGUUUCUGGAACUGAGACAAGCAGCUAUCAAAUGCGAGGAUUACCAGAAAAAUCAGCAUUUAAAAUAACGGACACAAAUGGCAAAGCUGUUGCCGAGGUAAAACAAAAGCAAUCAUCUUCAGGAGUUAAUUUUGGUGAGGAUGUAUUGAGUCUAGUAGUGGAACCUCAAGUAGAUCACUCCUUAGUCAUGGCUCUUGUGAUCGUCUAUGAGUUGAUCAAUCACAAAUUAUGA